UCAAACACACACGCUGGACAGCACUGGAGCGGCAGACAUGAGUACAGGAGAUGUGGUAUUAACCGGCUGGCUCAUUAAAUCCCCACCAGAGAGAAAGCUCAAGAGAUACUCAUGGCGAAAGCGCUGGUUUGUGCUGCGGAGAGGUAGGAUGAGUGGUGAUCCUGACGUUCUGGAGUAUUAUCGCAGUAAGAGCUCACGGAAGCCCAUUCGAACCAUCGACCUGCAGGAAUGUGAAGUCCACAUGCAAGCAGAGGUCCGUCCGUCCAAACGACUGCUCCAGAACCAGCACCUGUUCGUAAUCAAAACAACCACCCGCAUUUUCUACCUACUCGCUAAAACACAAGAGGAGAUGAACAGCUGGGUCCAAAAUAUUGGCCAAAUCUGUACCUUUGGAUCACUGGAAGAUGGCAGAGACACACCAGACAGUGCCUCUCACCCACCGUCAUCCCAGCAGCCCUCUCCUGUCCUGUCCCCUCACGUCACUCUGGUAGCCAAUCAGGACAUCAUCAGUGGCACCCGUGGAGUCACCGAUGUUCCCAGCGAAUCAGAAACAAGUCCACCCCUUGAUUAUCUCUUUCUCUCGCAAUGUGAGACGGGUAGGCGGAGCAUCAUCAGGUGUGACAGUUUCUCCACAUCAGAGCGUUCACUAGAACAGAGCUCCUCUGAGAACGCCAGUGAGGACAUCUUCUGCUCCCCUCCUCGCACAGACCCUUCCCCUUUCAUUUUUGGAGGUGGGGCCGACCCCCCCCUGAGUGCCCAGUUUGGGCCCGCCUCCCUCUCGUCUCUGUCCUCUGUCUUCUCAUCUCCGUGUUCCGUCCGUCCGCCACCAGACGUCUUCCGCUUCGAUCGGCCGUUCUGUGCCACACCCGAUUCACUAACGCCGCCACCUCUGCCCCCCAAACCCACGCACCUCUCAGAUCACCAUGGCGAUGAGGGAGGGCGGCCAGCACUCCUCCCACGACGAGUUUCUCUGUCCGGCCUGGAACAUUUCAGAAGAGGGGAGUACGAAUUUGGAACAGCGAGACACUGGAACAAGCGACUCAGUCUAAACCUGCCAGCGUUUGCAGGUGGAGCCAGCCCUCAGAUCCAGUGCGAAGACUCCUAUGUGCCCAUGUCCUCCCCUCCUGUCAGCUGCUCAGAGGAGCCGCCCGACGGAUACAUCCCCAUGAGCCCCACCUCCCUGCCCCUCUGCUCCCUUACAGCCUGUGGCAAAGCAGAACCUCCACCCUCUCCGCCCACCCCAGACGUGGAGCCUCCUCCAGUCAACCGCAGCCUGAAGCCUCGGAGGCGGGCUCGUCCUCCACCCCUUGACCUGAGUGGCCUGUCCACCAUUAAAGAACACCCGACCCAUCUUCCUGUCAUACGAACGCUGACUGAGCCCACCUCAUCCCCUCUGCGUGUGCCCCUGGACAGAAGGCGAGGACCAGGCAUAAAUUCAGCAGAGCCAGAGACUAGCCUGACUUCAACGCAAACGUUCUCACACUGGGAGUCGGCGUCUUGGUUUAGACCGUCUCACCUCGACUACUUGUCACUGGAUUUCAACUCUUCCACCCCUUCACCUGUCCAAAAGAAGCCGUUGUUAGCAGAUGAGCACAGAGUGGACUACGUUCAGGUGGAUGAAAAGAAAACACAAGCACUAGCCAGCACCAAAAUGGAAUGGAAGGAUGUACGCCAGUCAAAAGUCUGAGGGACAGUACACACAC